GCAACUUAUAACUGAGAGAGGAAGAGGGAAACAGGAGGGGGGCAAGAAAAGAGUAAAUUAAUGGCAAAAAAGAGGGAAGGAGAAAUGCAGUUCAUAUGAGGAAAGAUUUGAUCGGGUAACAAUGUUGAGAUUAAGUCUCCUUCUUCUUCUGUUGCCCUGCUCCUCAUAUUCCAUGCUGUUGGGAUGGGUGGAGUCUCCUGGAUAUCCCAUGAGAUAUUUGCCUCAUGCCAGUUUAAACUGGAGCAGGUGCGCCCCCAAAGGUCAAACCAUCUCCAUCAGACUGAUCCACCUGGACUUGGAGAACAGCCAAGACUGUGAAAAUGAUGCAGUGAAGAUCUUAUCAAAUGGGAACCGGAUAGCUGUUUUGUGUGGGAAAAAGGAAUAUGAGGAGCUUCAGGACACAGUAAAUCCAUUGCUGUUCUCUUCCCCCGGUGGCUGCCUCACACUUUUGUUUAACUCAGACUACUCCAACACCAAGAGACACACUGGUUUCAAAGGGUUUUAUACGCUUCAAGACUUUAAUGAGUGUGAGGACGACCUAAACAAUGAAUGCACCCAGUUUUGCCACAACUUCAUCGGAGGAUACCGCUGCUCCUGUCGCCAUGGUUACCACCUGGCCCAGGACAAACACACUUGUACAGUGAACUGUGCUAAGGAUCUGUCUGGGCUGAAGAGAGGUGACAUAUCCAGUCCUUCCUGGCCUGGGACAUAUGCAGAACAUGCCAACUGUAAAUACACCCUGUCUGUGGAGGAGAACCUUCAGCUGGAGCUACACUUCUCUGAGGGUUUUGAUGUGGAGCAACGCCCUGAUGGUCACUGCAUAGAUGAGUUGCGAAUUGAGACUCACUCGGAGACUUUGGGUCCAUUCUGUGGUAACAAACCUCCGCCUUCUCCUCUUCUGACGUACUCAAGCCGCGUCCAAAUACACUUCACCUCUGAUGGGUUCGGGACUAACAAGGGCUUUAACCUCAACUUUAAGACCAGAGAUAAGGUCUGUCGAUCAGCGGUGUCCUCAAACUCAAAAGUGACUCCUCUAAAACAGGAAUAUCACCGGGGAGAAUCAGUGAAUGUUACUUGUGAUCUUGGGUAUGAAGUAAAUUCAGAAGAAACUGAGGCCGUUUUAACACAGUAUGAGACAACUUGCCAGAGCACUGGGGUAUGGGCUCCCAGCUACCGCUGUGAAAUUGUGGAUUGUGGUUUGCCGUAUAUUGGAGCUGACAGCAUCCUACAGGUGGUGGAUGGCCAAAACACCAAGUAUAACAGCCAGAUCAAGUUUUAUUGCAGUUCAGAAUACUACACACUGGAGGGAAAUGACACAUACAUUUGUAAUGCCAGUGGUGAGUGGACAUCAGUGGACGGGAACACAGGGAUGCCAAAAUGCAAUGAAGUUUGUGGAAUGCCUGAAACAGACCCGUCAAGCACAGGCAGAAUUUUGGGAGGAAGCAAGGCAAAGCUGGGAGAAAUACCGUGGCAGCUUCUCAUAAAAUCUCCAAAGAGAGGAGGGGCAUCACUGAUAAAUGAUCAGUGGGCCGUCACAGCUGCACACGUUGUGGAGGGGUUCAGGGCAGAUGUUUUUGAACUCUAUGGUGGACUGAUAGAUGGACAAAGUGCUAACAUAUCUCCCAUUCGAAUUACAAAAAUCAUAAUGCAUCCCAGCUACAGCACAGUGCCUCCCUCUAAAGAACAAACAAAUUUUGAUAAUGAUAUUGCUCUGAUAAAAUUCACAUCCAAAGUGAAGCUUGGCCCAAACCUUCUUCCUAUUUGCCUGCCAGAGGUAAACAGGGGCGUGUCAGAAAAUGAACAGGGCACAGUGUCUGGCUGGGGGGCUGCAAUGGUAAAUGACAGAAAGAUAAUCAAAACAAAAUUCUUACAUUACGUUCACAUUCCUGUUUACCCCCUUGCUGAAUGUAUGAACACACCUUACACGGACUCUAACGAAGCCAUGCCGUUUACUAACAACAUGUUCUGCGCUGGAGGACAAGGGAUGGACAGCUGCCAUGGAGACAGUGGAGGUCCAUUUGUUUCACCCUUUCUGUCUUCAGGCGGCCCUCAUUAUCUGAUUGGCAUUGUGUCCUGGGGAUCUAACUGUCAGAAUGAUGGUGGAAUGGGUAAAAAAAAGGGCUAUUACACCAAGGUGGAGAAUUAUGUAAACUGGAUUAAAGAGACAAUCAAUAAAAAUUGAGUGCAGUGAAAAAAAAAAAGCUUUUCUCAAUCACAAUCCCAAUCAAAAACUAGCAGAACUGAUUCAAUUAUUGAAACUAACAAAUCUUUAUAAACUCUUGAAAUCAAAUAUUCAAACAUAAUCAGAAAAUCCUUAACCAAAGAUUGUAACAUAUACCGUGUUUCAUAUUUUUAUCAAAGGAAGUGUUCACAACUCAUCUGCAAAUUUUAUGCAAAUGCUAACAUGUUUUACCAAUGUGUGAAAGUGUGCAGUAUAUACAUAUAUAUAUAUAUAUGAAUAAUGUAACAGUGGAUUCAGUGCAGCAAUAUAUAAUCUGAACUUUCUCUAUCAUUUAUAUUGCAUAUAUCAUAAUAGCACAAUAUAUAUAUAUAUAUAUAUAUAUAUAUAUAUAUAUAUAUAUACAUUAAAGUAAAAUACUCAUUUGAAAAAAUAAUCAUGACAAUACUUUGUAAUAUGUGUCAUUGUUACAUUUUUUAUUAAGAGAAGUAAAUAAAUGCUAUGAAACAAUGA